AUGGCCAUCUUUGGAGAGGCGGCUCCUUACCUCCGAAAGUCAGAAAAGGAGAGAAUUGAGGCCCAGAACAAGCCUUUCGAUGCCAAGACAUCUGUCUUUGUGUCCCAUCCUAAAGAAUCCUAUGUGAAAGGUACAAUCCAGAGCAAAGAAUCAGGGAAGAUCACUGUCAAGACUGAAGGUGGAGAGAGCCUGACCGUGAAAGAAGAUCAAAUCUUCUCCAUGAACCCUCCCAAGUACGAUAAAAUUGAGGACAUGGCCAUGAUGACCCACCUCCAUGAACCUGCUGUGCUGUACAACCUCAAAGAGCGUUAUGCAGCCUGGAUGAUCUACACCUACUCGGGUCUCUUCUGCGUCUCUGUCAACCCCUACAAGUGGCUGCCGGUGUACAACCCGGAGGUGGUGUUGGCCUACCGAGGCAAGAAGUGCCAGGAGGCCCCUUCACACAUCUUCUCCAUCUCUGACAAUGCCUAUCAGUUCAUGCUGACUGAUCGCGAGAACCAGUCGAUCCUGAUCACCGGAGAAUCUGGUGCAGGGAAGACUGUGAACACAAAGCGUGUCAUCCAGUACUUUGCAACAAUUGCAGCGAGCGGUGAUAAGAAGAAGGAAGAGCAGCAGGCUGGCAAAAUGCAGGGGACACUUGAGGAUCAAAUCAUCAGUGCCAACCCACUGCUGGAGGCUUUUGGUAAUGCCAAGACGGUGAGGAACGACAACUCCUCACGCUUUGGUAAAUUCAUCAGAAUCCAUUUUGGUGCCACGGGCAAACUGGCUUCUGCUGACAUUGAAACAUAUCUUCUGGAGAAGUCCAGAGUCACUUUCCAGCUCAAGGCAGAAAGAAGCUACCACAUAUUCUAUCAGAUCAUGUCCAACAAGAAGCCGGAGCUAAUUGAGAUGUUACUGAUCACCACCAACCCGUAUGACUAUCAGUAUGUGAGUCAAGGUGAGAUCACGGUUCCCAGCAUUAACGACCAGGAAGAGCUGAUGGCCACGGAUAGUGCCAUUGACAUCCUGGGCUUCACUCCAGAUGAGAAGACAGCCAUUUACAAGCUGACAGGGGCUGUCAUGCACUAUGGCAACCUGAAGUUUAAGCAGAAGCAGCGUGAGGAGCAGGCAGAACCGGAUGGCACAGAAGUGGCUGACAAGGCUGCCUACCUCAUGGGUCUGAACUCAGCUGACCUGCUUAAGGCCCUCUGCUACCCCCGAGUCAAGGUUGGGAAUGAAUACGUGACCAAGGGUCAAACUGUGCAGCAGGUAUACAAUUCAGUAGGUGCCUUAGCAAAGGCUGUCUUUGAGAAGAUGUUCUUGUGGAUGGUUAUUCGCUUCAACCAACAGCUGGAUACCAAGCAACCAAGACAGUACUUCGUUGGUGUCCUGGACAUUGCUGGCUUUGAGAUCGUUGAUUUCAACAGCCUGGAGCAGCUGUGCAUCAACUUCACCAAUGAGAAACUGCAACAGUUCUUCAACCACCACAUGUUCGUGCUGGAGCAGGAAGAGUACAAGAAAGAAGGAAUUGAAUGGGAGUUCAUUGACUUUGGGAUGGACCUGGCUGCCUGCAUUGAACUCAUUGAGAAGCCCAUGGGCAUCUUCUCCAUCCUGGAAGAGGAGUGCAUGUUCCCCAAGGCAACUGACACCUCUUUCAAGAACAAGCUUUAUGACCAACAUCUGGGCAAGUCCAACAACUUCCAGAAGCCCAAGCCUGCCAAAGGGAAGGCUGAGGCCCACUUCUCCCUGGUGCACUAUGCUGGCAUGGUGGACUACAACAUCACUGGCUGGCUGGAGAAAAACAAGGAUCCCCUGAAUGAAACUGUUGUGGGGCUGUACCAGAAAUCAUCCCUGAAGACACUGGCCUUACUCUUUAAAAAUUUUACAAAUCAGAGCUCUAAAACCAUCUUUUUUUGGUGUUCUUCAGAGAGUGGUGGUGGUGGUGGCAAGAAGGGUGGCAAGAAGAAGGGUUCUUCUUUCCAGACAGUAUCUGCUCUUUUCAGGGAGAACCUCAACAAACUGAUGACCAAUCUACGGAGUACUCACCCCCAUUUUGUCCGUUGCAUCAUCCCUAAUGAAACAAAAACACCUGGUGCUAUGGAGCAUGAACUGGUGCUACACCAGCUGCGGUGUAACGGCGUGCUGGAAGGCAUCAGAAUUUGCAGGAAAGGUUUCCCAAGCAGAAUCCUCUAUGCAGACUUCAAACAGAGAUCAAUCUCCUUUCUGCUCUCCAUCCUGUCUUUACGGCAUAAGUUCAACUUUCUACAGCAUAGUUUAAGUGAAGAAGGCAUCGGACUGAAAUGGCUGGAGAUCAGUGUCCUCUUUUCAUCUAUGACUGAUCACCUGAAGACAUCUGAGAUUGACAAGAAGAUAGCAGAGAAAGAUGAGGAGAUUGACCAGAUGAAGAGAAACCACCUCAGAAUUGUGGAGUCCAUGCAGAGCACCCUGGACGCUGAGAUCAGGAGCAGGAAUGAAGCCCUGCGACUGAAGAAGAAGAUGGAGGGAGACCUGAAUGAAAUGGAGAUCCAGCUGAGCCAUGCCAACCGCGUGGCUGCAGAGGCACAAAAGAACCUGAGAAAUCUCUUUUCUCUCUUAAAGGAUACCCAGAUACACUUGGACGAUGCUCUCAGGACACAGGAGGACCUGAAGGAGCAGGUGGCCAUGGUGGAGCGCAGAGCAAACCUGUUGCAGGCUGAAAUUGAGGAGCUACGGGCGGCCCUGGAGCAGACGGAGCGGUCGAGGAAAGUGGCUGAGCAGGAAAUGAUGGAUGCAAGUGAGCGUGUGCAGCUUCUCCAUACCCAGAACACCAGCUUGAUCAACACCAAGAAGAAGCUGGAAACAGACAUUGCCCAAAUUCAGGGUGAAAUGGAGGACACAAUCCAGGACUCCCGCAAUGCUGAAGAGAAGGCCAAGAAGGCUAUCACAGAUGCGGCCAUGAUGGCAGAAGAGCUGAAGAAGGAGCAGGACACCAGCGCCCACCUGGAGAGGAUGAAGAAGAACCUGGACCAGACGGUGAAGGACCUGCAGCACCGUCUGGAUGAAGCCGAGCAGUUGGCCCUGAAGGGAGGCAAGAAGCAAAUCCAGAAGCUGGAGGCCAGAGUGCGGGAGGUGGAAGGGGAGGUUGAUGCUGAGCAGAAGCGCAGCGCUGAAGCUGUGAAGGGUGUGCGCAAGUACGAGAGGAGGGUGAAGGAGCUGACCUACCAGUGUGAGGAAGACCGGAAGAAUAUUCUCAGGCUCCAAGAUCUAGUGGACAAGCUGCAAAUGAAAGUGAAGUCCUACAAGAGGCAAGCUGAGGAGGCUGAGGAGCUGUCCAAUGUCAAUCUCUCCAAGUUCCACAAGAUCCAGCACGAGCUGGAGGAAGCCAAGGAGCGGGCUGACAUUGCAGAGUCGCAGGUCAACAAGCUCCGAGUGAAGAGUCGGGAGUUUCAUAAGAAGAUAGAAGAGGAGGAAUGAGGAUCCCAAGGCUAAAAAGUGACCUGAGGCAUGCAUAAAAUGUAAAUCUCUGUGCUGCUUUAUUCUGUAAUUAUCAUUUAUGUCUAGGUAAUAAACACAAUAGAGACCUUUGC